ACUCUCAGAAAAAUAAACAAAACCCUGUCAGUGAUUCAAGACGUAGUGCAGGAGAGAAUACAUUUGGCUGCUCUUUGUGUGAGAAAACAUUUACACAGAGAUGAAAUUUAAAUCGGCACAUGAGAACCCACACAAGAGAGAAAACAUUUGGCUGCUCUUUGUGUGGGAAAGAAAUUCGCAGCAAGUCAAAUCUAAAAGUAGACAUGAGAAUCCACACAGGAGAGAAACCAUUCAGCUGCUCAAUUUGUAAGAAAUGUUUUGGACGGAGAGGAGAUUUAAAGGACCACUUGAGAAUCCACACAGGAGAGAAACCAUUCAGCUGCUCAAUUUGUAAGAAAUCUUUUGGACAGAGAGGACAUUUAAAGUACCACAUGAGAAUCCACACGGGAGAGAAACCAUUCAGCUGCUCAAUUUGUAAGAAACAUUUUGCACAGAGAGGAGAUUUAAAGGACCACAUGAGAAUCCACACAGGAGAGAAACCAUUCAGCUGCUCAAUUUGUAAGAAAUCUUUUGGACGGAGAGGAGAUUUAAAGUACCACAUGAGAAUCCACACAGGAGAGAAACCAUUCAGCUGCUCAAUUUGUAAGAAAUCUUUUGGACGGAGAGGAGAUUUAAAGGACCACAUGAGAAUCCACACAGGAGAGAAACCAUUCAACUGCUCAAUUUGUAAGAAAUCUUUUGGACAGAGAGGAAAUUUAAAGUACCACAUAAGAAUCCACACAGGAGAGAAACCAUUCAGCUGCUCAAUUUGUAAGAAACAUUUUGCACAAGGAAAUUUAAAGGAACACAUGAGAAUCCACACAGGAGAGAAACCAUUCAGCUGCAGUGUUUGUGACAAAAGAUUCACCUGGAGAUAUCUGGUCAAAAUCCAUAAGUGUGUUGGUCGUCAGUCCUCACAGCUUCAUCAAACUCAAACUGAGGAGAUCAGAGAGGCAGAGCCUCCAGCCAGCAGCUCAGCUGAACACCUGGAAACAGAAGCUGAUGGAGAGGACUGUGGAGGACCAGAACCAGCCAGGAACUCAGAUCCAGAGAGACAUUUACAACCAGAUACUGAGGACAACUCCGGAGACUCUUCAGAACCUGACCCUGAAGACACAGACAAAAUCAAUCAGUGUACAUCUGGACCGGGUGACGACAUUACCUAUUGACGCAGCAACCACUGCGCCUUGGGGGACUUCUUGGAGGAAUUAGAUCAUC